UCAAGGCAAACAAAUCUGUUAAGUUUAGGUGUCGCUGGCUGGCGCCCUUGUCCCGCAUGGUUGAAGGAGUUAUGACGCGGUGCUUGUCUCGUUCUAGGUACAUGGGGGCCUAGGGAGUGAGGUGUGGGCAGGACCUGUAGUCAGGAGUGAGCCACUGUUACGAUGGGACCGCAUCUGUCACAUUUGUGGGAAGGGCUUCAGGAGGCCCGCUGAGCUCCGUCGCCACCACCGGAUCCACACCGGGGAGAAGCCAUACACGUGCUCUAUGUGUCCGUACAGGGCGGCCCAGGCGGUGCAGCUGCGAUGCCACGUGUCGCGGCGCCACCCACAGCUGGUUCCCGCCACCACUACCUCUGCCACAACCUCCUCCUCCUCCUCCGCAGCCCCCACCUCCGGGCCAGACUUCCCCCCAUCGGGCGGGCCGUCGUGGUAACCCAUUAUCUAGCCUGCGUUACACCUCACCUCUCCUGUCUCCCUCCCGUAGGUGUUUUCCCAGCUGGGUGGCCCAAGCGGAGGCAUGGCCACUGCUUGGACCGGAGGGAUUGGCAUGCUGGCUGGGCUGCGCUGGGACCGCACCUGCUGCCUGUGCGGAAGAACGUUCAUGCGGCCGGCGGAACUGACCCGCCACAUGCGCUCGCACACAGGGGAGAAGCCCUACGCGUGCCACCUGUGUCCGUGGCGGGGCUCGCAAACGUGGCACCUCAAAAACCACCUGGCGCGGGUGCACCUGGUGACCAACGCGGGCGGCGGGGCGCAGAAUCAGUAAUAAAAUAGAGAAUCUAUAUAAAAAAGAGAGAUAUAUAUAUACAUAAAGGAAUUAAAAAGACGCCACAGUAGUUGUGGUUUAGACUAUUGCUGUGAUGAGAGAUGAGUGAACAGUGUCACACACGUAGAAGUAAUGGCGGUACACUGGGUACUGCGCCGCCAUAUUACAUACCUCAUUAUCAGAUGAAGCAGCUGUGUAAUAAGCUAAUACUGCUCCUCAUUAUUAUUAUUAUUAUUACAUGUAAAUAAAAUUUGUAUGAUA